AUGGAGCUACUAACAGGACAAAAAGCCCUCGACAAAAAACGAUCUGAAGAUCCCCAGAUAUCUCUCUGGUUCAUGAACCUGGUCAAAGAAGCCUCCUGCGAAAUUGUGAUCGAUAAGACCAUUCAAAUCACUGAAGACAACCGAGGCAGCAUUUCUGAAGUGGCUAAACUGGCCAGUCACUGUUGCGCCAAAACUCCCGAGCAGAGACCCGAGAUGAGCUAUGCUGUCGCUGUGCUUGCCUCGUUGACCGAACAAUGGAAACCCAGUGAAGUUGGAGAGACGAAAGAUGAGUUUCUUGAAGAACUUGGAAAGAAGUGGCAUGAGCAGCACACGCUGGAGGGAACUAGUGGUACGAGCAGCGCAUGGCAGGAGUAG